AUGUCUGCCUUAACAAGAAAUUCAUCUAAUCCACCACCAUACUUCUAUGAUUUAAAUCCACAACAACAAAAGAAUUGGAUGAAAACUACUUGUCGAAUGGAAAAAAACGAAGAACUACGGGCAGAAUAUCCGCCUUUUCAAUCACCAUCAAAUUUUACA